GCCGGCGCCAUCAGGAAAUGCAAAUCAGGAGCAAAUCGGUGUCGUGACUUGUGAACUUGUUGCUGCUAUCUACAUAGCUCCUUUUUGGCCUCCGUUGUCAGGGGAAACGGUCGGGUCGUUUUGUCGAAGCGCCUCCUGUCAGGCACGGCUCUAUUAAUAGCCAGAUUCAGUUUCUAUUUACCCAGUUAAGCAGCAACACUCGGAGCAAGCAUCAACACAGCUACUUUUGGAGCAUUGCAAAAAGAACACGCACCAUGUCCUACUCCAACCGUUUUGGUUUCGCCUUCCAUGUGCCGGAUGAGGGAUGGUGCUAUCCCAAGGACGAUAUGCACUUCAUCCGCAGCGCCGAGUGGGUCCCCGUGGAGAAGGCUGGCGUCGGUCGCUCCUUCGCAAAUCCCAAUGGCGUGAUCUAUCCAAGGGUUGUGGGAAUGAUUCCGCGUUAUGGUGGCCAUGUUCCUGGCAAUAAGUUUCGCGUGGGCAACACCUGGGGACGCUCUACCAUUGACGCCAAGCGUCAUUUGGCUCUUAAUCACGAUUGAUCCUCAAUCCUAAGGUGCCUCCCUCGGUCACUUAUAUAGCCAAUCAAAAUUUCUGUGUUACGCUUGGAGAAGCACCCAGAAUAAAACGUAUAAAAUGUGUUACUGGUAAAA